AUGUCGCAGAGAAUCGAACGAUCAGCAUCCGUAGACUCUCCGACUUCACCUAAACUAGAGGGAGAAGUAAGUUUUGGAGAUAAUUCACCGUUGUUUGGCGUACUUCCUCCCAGCCAGAGGCACGCAUUGCAUUUAUCACUAGCUGCAGCAGCACGAGAAGCUUCAGGAGAACAGCAAAUGCCAUUGAAUUGGGAUGUGGUGAAACGACGUAUCGCAGAAGGCGUAACUGAAGAAGAUACGCUUGACGAACUCCGUGCGGUAUUGCGCGAAUUUGUUAAAAGUAAGACUCAAGCACCCGCACCACCUACUACACCUCAACUAACACCCCGUCAGAAUCGGAACCCAGCAGUAGACAUGGCAGAGAACGCUCCUACCGUGGGACAAGUACUAAAAGCCAUCGAAAUUUUCGACAGUAGUAACAGAGGAAAAGUUUGUGUCUUUAUUCGCUCUUGCAAAUAUGCAGGCGAAAUAAUACGACCGACAGACACGGAACAUUUACUGAAGGCUGUUUUGAGCACGCGAAUCAAGGGUAUCGCCGCACAAGCCUUGGAAUACAAAUCGAUUCGCACUUGGGAUGCAUUGGAGGAAGAACUUAAGUCGAUGAGCAUCGAAACACGGACGUUAGCUUCGCUACAGGUAGAAUUCAACAGCUGUAGGCAACGACAGAACGAGGAUGCGAAGUCAUAUGGAACACGACUCGAACAACUCACUUGGCAGGUGAUCGAACUAACGACACGAGAAGCAACAGAAGAGGAUUCUAAGUCAACACUGGAACGCCAGGUUCGGAAACAAGCCGUAAAUAUUUUCGUCAGAGGUCUAAACGACAGGCUGAAGGUGCUGGUCAAGAGCCGACGAUGCGAGAAGCUCAGGGAGGCAAUAUCCAUCGCAAUAAAAGAGGAACGCGACUUAGGUCUCGUUCGCGGUUCGGACAGGGAUCAACACCGAUCGAGCUGCUACAACUGCGGGAAGCCGGGUCACUUGGCACGUGAUUGCCGUUCAUCAAGGAAAAGCAACACACAGGAUCGACAGCGAUUGCCGACACCAAGUAAAUACGUAAGGAAAACUGAAGUAAUUUGUUAUUUUUACAACAAGCCAGGGCACUUUAUCCGGGACUGCAGAAAGCGAUUAGCCGAGGAAAAUAGGCGAGGCAACGGGAGAAAUGAAGGACCUCCGAGAGGAACGGAACGUGUCCAAACAGGUCCGUUUAGGGACGCCAACAGGCGAGGCGAUGAGACUUCGGGAAACGAAGAUCGGGCGCUGCGGACAGACAACCGUAUCGCGUCGUACCAGUAA